AUGAACGUUCGACCUGACGUUGAUCUCGCCGAAAGUACCAAGGAGCUUGAAAUUGCCUUUGCUUUCGACAACUUUGAUGGAAAUUUGGGUAUUGGCUACAAUACCAUCUCUGUCCUCCACCUCCCCCCACCAUUCUACAAGAUGAUGGAGAAGAACCUGCUUGAGGAGCCUCUAUUUGCCUUUCACUUAGGCUCAGCUGAGGGAAGCAAGGCUGACCCAAAGGGUGGUGAGGUCGUCUUUGGCGGGGUGGACGAGGCGCACUACAAGGGUGAGAUCUUCUAUGCUCCAGUCCGCAGACGCGGUUACUGCAAGUCAAAUUGA